GACGCCAUGACGUCACUUCCGGCGCGCGAUAGCUAUAGUUCCUGUCUCGGCAGGAUUCGCGCCUUUACCUCCGUUCCGCCAUGGUGGCUCGGCGCACUGGGCCCGAGCUUCUCACCCCUGACCUGUGACCCUCACCCCCUUCCUGAGGCCCACCAUGUUCUGGGAGCCGGCGGCGCCCACAGCGCAGGCUCUCCUGGCUCCCCCCUCGUCCGAGGCCUCCACCUUUGCCAGGGUGCCGGUUUCAGCGUACACUGAUUGCUCCCAGCCGUUCCGCCUGGCAGAGCGCAGCUUCAGCCGCCAGUACGCUCACAUCUACGCCGCGCGCCUCAUCCAGAUGCGGCCCAUCCUGGAGGAGCGGGCACGACAAAAGUGGGGAAAUGACGUGGUGCUGAGGAAGCUCUGUGAGCUGCAGGCAGGUGAGAAGUGCUGUGUGGUGGGAACACUCUUCAAGGCCAUGCAGCUGCAGCCUUCCAUCCUGCAGGAGAUCAGCGAGGAGCACAACCUGGUGCCUCAGCCGCCCAUGCCCAAGUACAUCCACCCCUCCGACGAGCUCAUCCUGGAGGAUGAACUGCAGCGGAUCAAGCUGGAAGGAGCCAUCGAGGUGCAGAGGCUGGUGACAGGGACCAUCUUUGCUGUGUAUGGCUCUGAGCAGGAUGACGGCAAGUUCCUGGUGGAGGAUCACUGCUUUUCCAGCCUGCCCCAGUCGCUGCCCUGGAAAGGCCCCAGCUCGGACCGGUUCAUCCUGCUGGUGUCGGGGCUGGGGCUGGGCAGCGGGAGCGGCAAGUCCCUGCUGAGCACGCAGCUGCUGGUGGACGUGGUGACGGGGCAGCUGGGCGCUGAGGGCGAGCAGGGCUGUGCCGCACAGAUCUCCCGUGUCAUCCUGGCAGGGAACCUGCUCAGCCAGAACACACAGAGCCGAGACACCAUCAACAAGGCCAAGUACUUGACCAAGAAGACCCAGGCAGCGAGCGUGGAGGCCGUGAAGAUGCUGGAUGAGAUCCUGCUGCAGCUUUGUACCUCUGUGCCUGUGGACGUGAUGCCUGGUGAGUUUGACCCCACCAACUACACGCUGCCCCAGCAGCCGCUGCAUCACUGCAUGCUGCCGCUCGCCAGCACCUACUCUACUCUCCACCUGGUCACCAAUCCCUACCAGGCUGACAUUGAUGGUGUCAGGUUUUUGGGGACCUCGGGGCAAAACAUCAGUGAUAUCUUCAAAUACAGCAGCAUGGAUGACUACCUGGAGAUCCUGGAGUGGACGCUGCUGGCAGGACACAUCAGCCCCACAGCCCCAGACACACUGGGUUGCUACCCCUUUUACAAAUCAGAUCCUUUCAUCCUCACCGACUGCCCCCACGUCUACUUCUGUGGCAACGCUCCCCGCUUCCAGUCCAAGCUGCUCAAAGGAGAGGAUGGGCAGCAGGUCCUGCUGGUGACGGUGCCUGCCUUCAGCACCACGCAGACCGCCUGCCUCAUCAACCUGCAUGACCUCAGGUGCCAGCCCAUCAGCUUCUCUGGCUUCGGCGCUGAGGAUGAGGAUGGGGACAUGGAGGUCGGGCACUGAUUGAGCAGACAGGGCAUGGACUCAGUAAAUCUCUGGCCCCUCAGAGGGUCCUGGUGCUCAUCUCUUUUUUUCUGUCGUCCUCAUCUCCUCCCAGCACAGAGCUGCUGGUGCACAGGAGAGGAGAUGCUCAUACCAAUAUAACU